UUCUCUACUAGCUCAUCUCGUUAGUAGAAGAUUGUAAAUAUUAAAUGUGAUGCAACAAGGUAAAGUUAAUACAGAAUAAAAUCAAAGUAGAACUGUCUUUACAUGAAUAAUUCAGGGUGAAAAGCAACCCAAAAUAUAAUAUAUGUUUGAGGAUUUCUUAAAGUAUUUACAUUAUUACCUGUGGAGAAUUAGUCAAGCACAUGCAUACAUAAUAAUAGGUUUGUUAAUCAAUAUAAUUUAGAGUGAAACCGAUAAAUAUCGCGACAAUGAAGAAUUAAUUUGAAAUUUUAUAAUCAUUAUGGAUGUAAUAAUACUUUAUAUUUAGCCCAGACUUUAAAAAUGCAUUUUUUAAUAGAUACAUCAAAUUGUGAAUGUCAAACAUAAUUUCUCAUACACAUACUUAUAUUUAAUUGAAGCAGAUUUUUUUAAGAAUGUAAUAAUGAAGUAGUUUCCAUAAAAUGCAAAUCUAAACUUAAUUAUAAAUAAUAGGACGACCUAAAAAAAAUUGAGCCAAACAAACAUUGCAAAAAAGAUGUACUACACUGACAUGAGACUCCUACCUAAUUAGUUAUUUUACACACUCAGUAUGUAUUAGAAAUAAUAAAAUGGCAAUUGUGUUAAAAAUAAUUAAAAUAUCUAAUAUGUAUUGAGGACUAAUGUGUGCCAGGUUGUAUGUUAAGGGUUUUAUAUACGUUAUACUUCAUAAAUUAUUUUCCCCAAUCUAGAUUAGUAAACUGGGGUUGUAGACACCAAGUAACUUUGUAAAGGUCGUGCAUUAUGAGUUUCAAAGCUGUAAUUAAUUUUUGGUCUCACUGGCUACAGAGCUCAUUGACUAGAUUAUUAAAUUAUAUUUUCUGAUUUAUUACAAUUACUUACACAACCAAGGUGACCCUCGCUGCCUCUUAUAAACAACCACAGGGUCUUUCUGAAAGUUUGAACUUAAAGUGUUCUUUCAUAGAUGGUCCAAACUUAUAUUUAUCAUUUUCAGUUUUCCUAUUUUAGUCAUUAAAUCAAUUACCAAUAAAUUCUGUAUAAUAAAGAGUUAAAUCUUUUUCAAUAGUAUUUAGUUUAUGCAUAAGUUAAUGUAAUGUUUUACAAGGUAUAAAAUAUUUCUUUAAAAUUUUAACAAUUUUUCUGAUUUCCUCAAUCAUUCAGAAUAAAAAACAUUUGCCAAGACCUCAUGCCCUUUUAGUAAAUGAAUGUAAGUCACUAACUUAAUGUAUUUUAGUAUUAAAAGUUGUUCUAUAUGCUAACAAGUUAUUCCUCCAUCUUUAGCGCUCAAUCCUUACAUUAAUGAAUUUUUAAAUUGUCAUACAAUUAGUGCAUUUUAUUUUCAAAUUUCAAUUUUAGUUUUUUACACAGGUAUUCUAUUGGUGAUAAAAUAUUUCUGUAGAAUCUGAUUUUAAAUUAAUGAAGAUAUUUAUAUUCAGUUACUUCUUAGUUUUCACAAAUGUAUUGUUUUUUAUUGUUCCCAUUAAUAAUAUUAUGUCAAAUAUAGAAGGCCUUUUAAAAAAUAACCUAUUGUUUAAAGAGAUUUCAGUUUAAAACUUUAGGAAAUUAGUACCAGACUUUUAUAUUGGUCAACAGCAAAAUGAACAUUACUACUCAGCCUCCAACACAUGCAGUUUGCCUAUACCAGGGAUCCUGUCAAAAUAUACACCACUUAUAGCUUCUUAAGUGCAGUUAUCAUAGAGCACAGUCCCUGACAUCACACAGCUGCAGAGAUGAAUAAACAAAGAGGAACCUACUCAGAAGUGAGUCUGACCCAGGACCCAAAGAGGCAGCAAAGGAAACUUAAGGGCAAUAAAAGCUCCAUUUCAGGAACCGAACAGGAAAUAUUCCAAGUAGAAUUAAACCUUCAAAAUGCUUCUUCGGAUCAUCAAGGGAAUGACAAGACAUAUCACUGCAAAGGUUUACUGCCACCUCCAGAGAAGCUCACUGCUGAGGUCCUAGGAAUCAUUUGCAUUGUCCUGAUGGCCACUGUGUUAAAAACAAUAGUUCUUAUUCCUUGUAUUGGAGUACUGGAGCAGAACAAUUUUUCCCUGAAUAGAAGAAUGCAGAAAGCAUGUGAUUGUGGCCAUUGUCCUGAGGAGUGGAUUACAUAUUCCUACAGUUGUUAUUACAUUGGUAAGGAAAAAAGAACUUGGGAAGAAAGAGUUUGCUGGCCUGUGCUUCGAAGAACUCUGAUCUGCUUUCUAUAAAUAAUGAGG